AUGGAACAGUCCCAAACGCAGUCGAUGCCUUCCAAAGCUUUGCGCAAACGCGGUAGUAAACAGACGCAGCAGCAAUCCACAAACGUGCAUAAAGCAUCUUGGGACUCUGACACGGUGCGAAUUUUUUUGGAACUUGUUAUCAAAGAGUUGGACGUUGGUUUCAAGGGGAGCUUCCAUACAAUGACAAUGCAUGGAUAUCGAGCUAUAAGCAAGGGCUUUCUGGACCGUACAAAUAAGGUGCAUGACGUCAAGCAACUGCAGAACAAGUACGCGUUGCUGAAAAAGGAUUGGCAGUCAUGGUCGAAAUUGAUGGACAACAGGCAUGGGCCAACCGGCAUCAGUUACAAUGAAGCCACGGGUUGGAUACAAGCAUCUGACGACUGGUGGGCACAUUACGAAAAGGGUGUACGAAGGCGCUACAGCAACCGGAAAUAUGCAUGGACACCAGGUGCAGCGUUCGAACCUGUGGCACCCGAUGACGGUACUUCGCAGGGGCCUGACGAAGACUGCGAGGACAACAGCGGGCUGCCCCCUUUCCAACCUGCCGCGCAGCAUGAACACACUGUGCAGCACACUGUUGCACAAGAGGAUGGCACGCCGGCAACUGUGCACGCUGCGUCGUCGGGAAUUAACGCUGACGACAUACCAACUAGUGGCAUGAACAAACGCAAAUCGCCAGGCCCAACACACCCACAGCGGAAAAGAGGGCAGAGUGAGGGAGCUUCUCUGUUGGCGAGUAGUAUGGAAAACCUUGCAUCCUCCGUGAAAUUACAACAACGACAAAUUCGCGUCUCACAUGAUUACGCAGAUUCGGCAUAG